AUGGCACUAAAUGGAACCAACAAUCUUUUGUUUGGUGCUGCACAUUUUCAUCCGACUCUAUCAUCAUUUCGUCGUCAAACUGUAAACACUGAAGAGCAAGAUAUUUCUCGAAUCGAUCAACUGGCAUCAUCUGCUCAAUCAUUUCAAACUAUGAUUCCAUUGAUAUCUCUAUGUACAUCAACAUCCUAUCCUCGUUUAGAACAGUUUCUAGGAAAAAAACCUUCAAUUUCUGCCAUAACAUCAUCAUCGUGUAAAGGACUCGCAGCUUCUGCAAGCCUUUGCCAAUUAAAUGAUCUCUUUUCACAAACAAGUUGUUCGAUAUCAAAAUCUAAUGUUCAAGAUGAAACGAUGAAUAAAUCAUCUCGUUCAUACACAGAAUCCAGGAGACCAUCGGCUACGAAUUCCCAUGAAAAGCAUCCGCCCAUUGAAAUUCUUGUUCGUUGUAUCUUUUUACGUGUUGGUGAAAUCGAUACACUUAAUGAACGAUACACAAGUGAAAUUUUUUUCGAGGCAUCUUGGCUUAUAAAAGAUCCAAAAACCGAAUUAGAAUAUGAUACUCAAGCAGACAAUUUCAAUCCACAAUUAGUCGUGUUGAAUAAUAUGGGAGAUUCACUAAGACAUGAUAAAUGGUAUUCAAUAAACAAAACGAAUGCAAAUGGUCUAUUAGAAAUAACGGAACAUCAUAAAUUCAAAGGCAUUUUUUGGGAACGUAUGGAAUUAAAUCAUUUUCCAUAUGAUGUUCAAGAACUAUCAAUAUCCUUGACAACACCGUUGACAAUAAAUGAUAUCUAUUUUGUUGAAAAUAAACAAAAGCCAUCAGGUGUUAAUCGAACUGUAUUUAGCGAUCAACAAUCUUGGCACUUAUAUGAACAUGUUGAAUUUUCAUUUGAACAAUAUCGAGAAGAAUAUUCCUUAGAUUAUGAUCAAAUUCAUCCUGUUCUUAUUUGUACAUGUCAUGUUGGAAGAAAAUGUGGUUACUAUAUUUGGAAUGCAUAUUUUUUAAUUUUUCUUAUCACAUCAUCAUCUCUUUGUACGUUCGCCAUACCGCCAUCUAAUUCUCAUGGUCGUUUACAGAUAACAUGUACUCUUUUAUUAACAUCUGUUACAUUUCGAUGGGUUGUUAAUAAAUCACUUCCAACAAUAUCCUAUUUAACAGCAUUAGAUGUUUAUGCUAUAGCAUCGAUAGUUGCUCUAUGUAUAAUAAAUGUUUUUCAUGGUGUAGUUAGUUAUUUAUAUUAUAAUCAAAUAUAUUUAGCUACAUAUUUAACACCAACGAAUACAAGUGAACUACAACUUUCGCUUUAUCCAGAAUAUUCUAUUUGUCGUAUUGAUCGUUAUGGAUUUUUAAUUUUAUCUUUUAUAUUUUGUCUCUAUCAAAUUCUAAUACUACUUUGGACAUUUUGGAAACCUUAUAAACGACGACGAUCUAUGAAGCGUAAAGACGAAAAAAAUCGAGCAGAAUUUAUGAAUAAAAUUAGCAAUAGUGAACCGCCAAGUGGAAUAUAA